UUAAUUUUUCAAACUUUCUGUGAAGAUUUGUUGCUGCGGUGGUAAGAAGUAUGGAUGUCUGUCUUUAACCGGCUACCUUUAAGUAUUAUUUAACGAAAAGAAUAUGAUUCCAAACCUUACAUCCAGAAGAUUGUUGAUUCUUCUCCACAUUUGGUUAUCCUAUUUGUUUUACAACCCGGCUGACAGUGGUGCAGUACAGCUAAGUGCAUCCAACAUCGACUCAACCUUAGCCUCAAAUGAGUUGGUAUUCAUCAACUUUUAUGCCGAUUGGUGCCGGUUCAGUAAUAUGUUGGCACCUGUAUUUGACGAAGCGGCUGACAAGGUGACUGUUGAAUUCCCAACACCUGGAAGGGUGGUUAUGGGAAAAGUAGAUUGUGAUAAAGAAGGCACUCUUGCCUCAAGAUUCCAUAUAACUAAGUAUCCUACUUUAAAACUCUUUCAAAAUGGUCAACCGGCUAAAAGAGAAUACAGAGGUCAGAGAUCAGUUGAUGCAUUUGUGUCUUUUGUGAAGAAACAAUUAGAAGAUCCUACUAAGGAGUUCAGUUCUUUGAAAGACUUAGAGAAUCUAGAUGAAAAGAAGAGAAUGCUAAUUGGCUAUUUUGAUCGGAGAGACAAUCCUGACUUUAAUACCUUCCGAAGAGUUGCAACUAAUUUGAAGGAUGAUUGCCAGUUCCAUGUUGGCUUUGGCUUUUCACAUGAUGCUAUUAAUUCUGUCAUCAAGCCUGCAUCUGAGCAGAUGCAUCCUCCUGGACAAUCUAUUGUAGUGUUCCGCCCUGACAAAGCAACAUCAAAUGAACAUGAUGAGACAUUUAUGGGUGAUAUUAGAAGUUAUGAUGAGCUGAACAUUUGGGCAGCAGAAAAGUGUGUUCCUUUAGUGAGAGAAAUUACUUUUGAAAAUGCUGAAGAAUUAACCGAGGAAGGCCUUCCUUUCUUAAUAUUGUUUCAUAAAGCAGAUGAUACUGAGAGCAUAAAAAAAUACAAGGAUGUGAUAAAUAAAGAGCUUAUUGGAGAGAAACAUAGUGUCAAUUUCCUCACUGCUGAUGGUGGUCGGUUUUCUCAUCCAUUGCACCACCUUGGGAUGAGUCAGUCAGAUCUCCCUUUAAUUGCUAUUGAUAGUUUUCGUCACAUGUACCUUUUCCCUAAAUUUGAAGACAUGGAAAUUCCUGGAAAACUUCGACAAUUUCUCCUUGACCUUUAUUCUGGUAAACUUCACAGGGAAUUCCACUAUGGACCUGACACACCUGCUGAAAAUACUGUUGAGUUAAUUGCUGGCAGUGUGGAUAAAAAACCUACAUCACCCCCCGAAUCAUCCUUUAAGAAGCUUGCACCCUCCAAAAAUAGGUACACAUUAUUACGAGAUGAGCUGUAGAUUUUUUUGUUUUUUUGUCAUGUCUGUAUGUUUGUGUGUAUGUGUGAAUGGUUGUUUAUAUUGAUAAAAUCAAGUGUUCUCUUGUGAUCUGACCAAUUUUACUUUGAAAAGAAUCGUGUAUAACUCCUUUGUGCAAUAUGUAUAUUUUGUUAAACCUAAUGGUGUACACAAAUAUUGUUUCUCAUCAUAAAAGGCCAGUCUGUCAAAAGGUAUUUUUUAUAUUUCUUUUUCAUUUUUGUCUCACUUUGACUCCUGCAGCACAUGCAGUUUCUUAUUCAUUUUAUGUAUGCCAUGUUUACUGUACUGUAUAAUUAUGUGAUCACAUCUUAUUUGCUUUUUUUUCUUAAUUCGAUGCCCUGUAUGCUUGGCUUUGUUGAUAUAUAUGGGUUCAGGUUUUUCUUAUUUCCUUAUUUCCUCAAUUUGGAUAUGGGAGCCUGUGAAAUUCUUCAAUAUCUCUUGUUUCAGAAGAUAACUCUAAUUACUGGAGUUUGAUAGGGUACUUUUGGUGAAUGUGAUCAGGGUAGCAUAUGUGAGGAUUCAUUAGGUACUGCCACAAGGUUCUGCAUCUGCAGCUUGCAAACAAGAAAACCGCCCAACACCAAUUCAUUUUUAAACUCAAUUUAAUUUGAUUGAAAACAAAAGCAGGUUGCCACCUUGAAACUUAAUUGGGCAUGGUUAGGAAUGGAUACUGUUAAAAAAGUCCUUUUCCAUUUUUGUUAUAUGUGUAGCUAAAUAUGGUGCUUCCAAAACAUGUUCAACAUUAUUUUUUAUGGAGUUAUCAGAGACAUUUUGUAUCUUGCACACUCUGAAAAAUAAAUAAAAGAGCACUUUUAUCUAAGAUUCAAUUUUCAUUCUGUAUGCUCAUUGUAUUAAGACAUCCAUGCAUGUUUUGUUUUUUUUAACAUCACUUAUAGCUCUUUUUAGGUGUACCUACUUUUUGUUUGUUGUAAAAAAAUUGCACACCCAUGUAUUAGUUUAUUGGUGUUAUGGACUUCUUUUUAAAAGGACAGAUUAUGUUGUUUUCCAGAGAAGUGUCAAAUUUUGUAUGAAUUCUACGUUUAAAAUUAAAUGAACAGAAAUAGUGUUUUGUAUUAAUUUUUUUUCACUGUAAUGUUGCAUGAAUUAAAAAAAGUGGUGGCUGUUACACCAGGUAACAACAAUCAGGUAUUUGUCUCAAAUCCAACCCAAAUCAAAAUAUAUUGAUUUUGAAUGUAUAUACAUACCUUUUGUGUUGAAUUAGUUUAUCAAAGUGAACUUUUUGAUGAAUUUGGGUUGAAGCUUAUGGGAAAUGGAGAGAGUGCUCAAAAUCGACCAUAUUUUCAGCUGGGGCACAUAGAAGCUACAACUUGUUAAUGUAGGAUAUUAAGCUUAAUGAAGACUGUUGUGAUUCUGGUUAAUUGUGAAGAAGCUAGAGUAAACUAUCAUAACUCAUGUUUGAAUUGUUUGCUCUAAUUAGAUUCUUAUAAUAAUGUAAAAAAAAGGUGGCUUUAAGUGGCGUGUUAGUUUAAUAACCAUCAAUGAUCCUCAGUUCAGCUUUUGAAAAAAAUAAUUACUUAUGCAGAUUGCAUAAAUUCAAAGAACUGUUCAUCAUUGGCCAUACUCAGUAUCAUGUUAUCAUCUGUUAUUCUGUGUUGCUUGUCACAACAUUAUUCCCACAAAAUUCUCAUUAACAACCAUGUACUCAUCAGAGUUAGCAGUCGGAGACGUUUCUCUAUUGUCCAUGGCAAAUUGUGAUUUAAGAAAAAUCUCUUAUUUACAAGUGAUGAAAUAAACUUAUGUAUGAUCCGGUUCAUUUUAA